CUUCAUGAGAGACAACGGAGGAGCCUGCCUUAAAGUAGCAGCCAUUAUCGCUGAAGAACCGCAAACAACCGACAGUUUGUUAAAACUGCGAGGCUCACAUUGUUUUCAUCUUAGUACUGUAUUGAUUUACGAGGGUGAUUCUUGAUUUUUUGGGGGGAAAUGGGCAGGAGCAGGAGUCGCACUCCUCCCAGGCGAGAGAGAAGGCGUUCCCGCUCGGGUUCCCGGGAGCGUGAGCGAAGGCGUAGGGAGAGGGAACGCUCUCGUUCCAGAGAUCGGGACAGAGACCGGCGGAGAAGCCGCUCACGCUCUCCUCACAGGAGGCGUUCAAGGUCUCCGAGGCGUCACCGCUCCUCCUCCCUCUCUCCUGUGAGACAAAAAGACCGACGUGACGAUGACCGCAAAGAUUCUAAGGACAAAGCAAAACCCAUUCAGAUCUCAGAGGAGGACAUGCAGGGCAAAACAGAAGAAGAAAUUGAGAUGAUGAAACUGAUGGGAUUUGGUUCCUUUGACAGCACCAAGGGUAGGAAAGCAGAUGGAGCAGCCAAUGCACAUGCAGUCAACGUGACCAUGAAGAGAAAAUACAGGCAGUACAUGAACAGAAAGGGGGGAUUCAACAGGCCUCUGGACUUCAUUGCUUAAAAGUAUCAACGAUUCAUUUGGCAAGUUUGCCUCGAUUCUGCCCUCACAAUAGUAGAUGAUGUUGUGCUAUUUUCUGUUAUUUCAAACCUGUAUUGUGCUAAGCGACAACUCUGAAUAUCUUUUUACAAGUGAACGCAUAAAUGUAAAUAGUAGUGCUUGCAGUAAGCCACAGCUGAGUACUCAGAGGAGACCCACUGUGGACCUAAUGCAUGGAGCUGUGUGUUAUUGAGGUGUGUGGGGUUUUGGCUGAAAUAAAAUGAUUUAAAAAAUGA